AUGUCAACCGCUCUGAUUCUAUCGACCCUGAUAGUCAUAUCCUUGACCUUCAGCUCGGUAGCUUUGAGCCUUCGCCAGCAUGAGGUUCCUGACGACCUCAUGGAGCGCGGCUUGAAUGCCAUAGGCAUCGAUGCGAAUACUACUAGAGUGAGAAACGUGAGAAUAUCCGGCUCUCAAUUUCGCACCAAGUCCAUGAUAACCACGAUAGCUUUGGAUGGAAUGGAUUCAACAGUUGUUCCAUAUGGUAAUCAGACAAUCACAUACUCAUAUGGAGAAGGCGGCUUGAAACAACGCAUUGAUAGAUUUGCUGGCUUGGGAACCCUUUGGGUAUUCGCACGACCAGCGCUUGAGCCUAUGGACUACUCCGUGGUAGUGCAAGAUGGCGAGGAUGGAUCCGCUGCCGUAAUCAGGGUCUUCGAUCAGUCCCUGAACAUAUCAGUCCUCUUCGAUCCUGACACUUACCUGCCCUUCGCUAUCCGCACAUACGAGGAUCAUCCCUUCUUCGGCCCUUCUACGAAUGAUUUGCGAGUGUACGACUAUAUCCGUGUCGAUGGACUGAUGAUACCCCGUCAUUUCAAGAUCAUAUACAAUAAUAAGCGCCUGAUUACCGACUUUCUUGCGGAUGAGGUAUCCGUCAACUUUGACCUCGAACCAUCAUUCUUUAACGUCUCGGCAGAACGUGGAAAUCUAAACAUCCCCGUUGUCGAUCCUGCGCUCACUGCCUAUAUCGGAGAGAAGUACGCAAACUACCUAUGGUUUGGUCGAUUCAACUUCACAGCUAUGGAUUUCGACGCACAACAACCCUACACAGAUAUGCCAGGGGUGUGGGUGAUCCGAAUGCCUGGCGUCGCAAAUUAUCGACAGAUACUGCUCGAGACCGACAACUAUGUUGUUGUUCUAGAUGCUCCAAGUGAACAGGCGCUGGUCCUACUGGAAUGGGUUAGGAUCAAUAUUGGAAAGCCAGUGUCACAAAUUUGGCCUACACACCAUCAUCAUGAUCACGCCCUAGGUGUUCCAAGCUUUGUCGAGAAUGGAGCCGAGGUUGUCGUUCCUAAGAUGGCUCAGUCAUACUAUGCCAAUAUUCCUGGAGCUAAGUUCGCAACCUAUGAACGCGGUGCGCCUUACAUUGUUCAGACAAGCGAUUACAGGGCUACAUUCAUCCACGUUGAGGGUAGCAUUCAUGCUCGAGACCAUAGCGUCACCGUGAUCAUGCCUGCCUGUCCCACCGAUGACAGCACUGUUCUAGUGUUCGAUGCCGAUCAUGUAGUUCAGGCGCAGCUGAUGGCAACUCACAACGACCACAACGAGCUCAGCCAGCUUGUUAAUGCCAUGGCAAAGCAUCGUGUUGCCAAGUCAGCGUUGUGA